AUAGUUUAACUUCACCCAGGGUCUCCCUGUCAGAAUUUUUGAACACCAAGUUCUAGAAAUUCUUGUGGGAUAUUCAAAUUCCUCCUAAACUCAAAUUCUUUCUUUGGAGAUUGGUGCGUGGAUUUUUACCAUUUAAAGGAACCCUCCUUUAUAAGAAAAUUAUUUCAUCAAGUACAUGUCCUGUUUGCUGCGAAGUAAAUGAAGACUUCAAGCACUGCUUCUUCGACUGUAGAAUCACUAGAGAACUGUGGACAUUAUCCGACCUGGACCAUAUAAGAGAUAUGAUGAAGGCAAUUUGAUAGGCCGUUAAUUGCACAUGUUUUUACCCCUAUUCUUGAGCCGUUUGAGAUGUUGAUUCUCGUGUUUUAGACAGAUUUCACGCUAGGUUGUUCUUGUUUGUGAUAUUUCAGGUCUUAGGACGUGAAUGAAGGUUUGGGAGCGAGUUCGGGGUCGAUUGGACGAAGAUCGAACGUAUAUCGAGUCGCCGAGGAAGCCACACGGGCACUCCUAAAACCCACACGGCCGUGUAAGGAACCAAUGUGGCCGUGUGGGAUUUAGCGAGGCUUCACACGGGCAUGCUGGAGAUUCCAAACAGCCGUGUGUCCCUGGCCGUGUAGGUAGCCUGAAAUCCAAUUAAUCGAAACUGCGCGUUUUAACUCUCACACGGGCAUCUGGGUAAGCCACACGGCCGUGUGGCCUGCCCGUGUGAGUCGGGAAUUCUGGUUUUAACCCAAUUUCGAGCCACAAGUGAGGGGAUCGACUUUUCAGAGCAAAAACAGAGCCCUAGAGAGAAAAAGUGCGAAGAACUCACCCUAGAAGCGAUCUUGGAGCUGGGUUCAUCAAAUCGAUCUUGGAGAUCAUCAUAGGAGUGAAAAUCAUCAUCCCAGAGCAGAUUCUUCCCAUUGUUAUGAGUAUGACUGCUUUGUAUUUUGUUUCUCUCUCUCUCUAUGGAGUAGACCCUUCUCUCACUUGGGUAUGAAGAACCCUAGUUCCAUGUGUUAGGGAUCAUGAUUGUAAUGACUUGGGAUUGCUAUACUGUUUGGUUUUAAUCGAAUGAUGCAUGAUUCAUUGAAUUGAUUGAAGUCUGAUCAGCUUAUCUUGAUUUCUGCUGCAACCUGAGAUAGAUAGAAUCUGAUUAGGUUGUUAGAGCUUCAUCAUUUGGUAGUAGUAGAUUGGCUAUACGAGAGUUAGUCGGUCUACUGCUUUGUACUGGAAUCCAAUUCCAGUAGUGGAGUUCUGUGCUUAUUGCUUCAGCUUUCUAUCCCGGUGAAGACUAGUCGUCUGCCGGGUAGUUAGACUGAGAGGGCUUGGUCAACUUAAGAGAUUCCAAGCUACUGUUGGAUCUUCCGCAGUCUAACCAACAGUAAAUCAACCCAGGGUAAUUACAACUGAGACCUAACUAAGGAGCUAGGGGGACUCAUUCCCGAGUGACUCUUCCUUUGCUUCAGAAAACCAAACCAAUUCUUGCUUUCUUACUGCUUUUAGUUAAAACAACAAUCAAUCGACUUAGUUGGCUAGAUAAUAGAUAAUCACAGAGUAGGCAGUAGAUCUAGACCCCGGGUUGAUAAUUAAAACUUGCCACUAUUCUGCAUUUUCAGACUGUGAUUACACUUUGUCGCAGUUUGGUGUUGUGUCGAAGUGUGUCUAGUUUUUGGCGCCGUUGCCGGGGAACCUCUCGGUUAUUGGGGAAACGUGAAAGUUUGUUACUCUAGCUUUUUCUUUAGUGCAUUUUCUCUCUUCCACCUAUGUGCCUUCACGGGUUGCUUCUACUGAUUGUGUGCAGGUAGUGCAUGACCCCUAGCCAGUCGGGAGAUCUACUACCAUUAGACCAGGAGCAUGAACGAACCUGCAGGAACUUCAAGCGGGCUCUAAAGGCGCGACUGGCUGCGGAGGAGGCGCUAGCACAGCUGCCAAUCGCCGACAAAGAAGAGAUGGGUGAUCCGCAGGACCAUGAUGUGGUCCUUCCUGAGGAACAGACCAUGGGAUACUACUGGACCGCCAGGUUCGCGGACAUGAGGUCACCCAUUCAACACCCUCAUGUGCCAGCAAAUAAUUUUGAGGUGAGCACCUCUGUCAUAACCAUGCUGCACGGUCCGGUGGUGUUCUGUGGCAAAGAUGGGGAGUGUCCCCGAUCACAUCUGAGGCGAUUCCAUGAGCUCAUCGAUGGAAUCAAGAUAAAUAGGGUCCCAGCCGAUGCCAUCCAGCUGAGGUACUUCCCAUUUACCCUAGAGGGGCAUGCCAAGGAGUGGCUAGACACUCGACCUCCAGGAUCUAUCACCAUGUUCGCCAACCUGGCAGACAAGUUCCUCACCCGCUAUCAUCCUCCGUCAAAAACGGCGGACUUGAAUCAACUCUUUGAGGAGAUGGUAGAGAACGGGUAUGAUUGGGGCACUGCUAGGAGGUCGAGGAGAGCACCAAGCCGAGGUGUACAUGCUGUGGGAACCCACUCCUCUGAUUUGGUGCAGGUUGUGUCUAAACUGGUCUCAGCCAUCGAUCGGAAUGGGAUGAUUCCGGGGACAGGGCAGCAGCCGGCAAUACGUUGCCAGUGGUGCGAGAGCGCCCAUCAUACUGUAGAGGACUACCAGGCCAUGCGUGAGUCCAGGAGCAGGUGAACUUCAUCAACAAUGUCCGAUGCAAAUACCCAUACAGUAACACUUACAAUGAGGGAUGGCGCCAACAUCCAAACUUCUCCUGGAGAGGCAACAACAAUCCGAAGCCACUGGGCUUCCAAGCUCCUGCAGCUAGUUUCUCAAACUAGAGGCAGCCAUACCAGCCUUGGCCGUGCCAAAUGCAGCAACAACAGCCACUCUAUCAGCCCAGACAGGGGCAGGCUUUUCAACAGCCCCCACAGCAGCAGUACCAGCAACCUGGUGCACCUCCAUCAGUCCCCGCACCGGGCGAUCCCGUGUCAGUACCCAAAAGUUCACUAGUGACUACCUUGGCGAGCACUAGUACCCAAAAGUUCAACAAAUUGGAGCAAUUCAU